GUCUUAAAGCUAUCAAGAAUCUAAACACGCAAGAUCUUAGCUCCAGGACCAGGAGGACACUAUCCUGCUCCACCAUAUCUUCAGAUCAAACCAUCAAUCAGCGUCUGACAGGACGAGAUCCCUUCUCACACCAGGCAAUAUGCAUGCAAGUAUGUGGGUUCCUCCCCGAGCGUCUCUCCUCUUUCUGAUCACGAUCGUAAUAAUCGACGAGAAUCAUGGAUGGCAAAGAGUGAGAAAGUUGACCCCACAUGGCAUAUGCAUGCACCUCCUGUACUACCCCGCGCCUCGCCAAGAAAAGUUCCCACAGGGGUCUUUCCCUCCCUCUCGCUACUUGUACCUACCUCAGGGGAGGAAGAGGGGUGUAGGGUAAGAGCCAGGGAUCGGGAAUCCUCCUUUUUGACGACGCCUUGUGCUUUGUGUCUGAUGGGAAAGGAGGAUGGAUGAGUGGGUGGGUAAAAUUGGUUGGGGAAGGUGGUGGAGGAAAGUAAACUUUUAUGUGGAUGAUGAUGUGGAGAGAAGAGGGACCUAGUAGGUGAGGACUUGAUAUCUUCGAAACAAAUAUAGAAAUUCUGAUUAGGACACUCAUGCAAGAGAGAGCAGACACAAGCGAGAAAUAAACAACGACCACAGCAAAUCUCACGACCACCCUAUCGGAUAAGUUAUCAGUUAAUAAGCAGAAUAAAACCUACCAAGACAGAGCUCUGGAGCAUAAGAAAAAUAAUGGCACAUAUCCAGAUCAAUGACUCUCACUUCCGUACUCUUAAAGACAAAGUCGUCGUCUUAACAGGAGGAGCAAACGGCAUUGGCCGUGCUGCCGUGAGGCUGUUCCAUGAACACGGCUCCUCCAUCCUCUUCGGCGACACAAACACCCCCCUCGGCGUCGCCCUCGAAACAGAGAUCUCCUCCCCCCGCGCGAGAUUCCUCCUCUGCGACGUGACGUCCUAUUCGUCUCAACUGGAACUCUUCCGAACCGCGAUUAAACUCUUUGGGAGGAUUGAUAUCGUGGUUGCGAAUGCGGGGAUUUCGGUCCCGAGGGAUCCGUUUGUUUUUAUGGAUGGUGAUGGUGAUGGUGAUGGUGGGGAUGGUGAGGGAGAAAAGGGUGAAGGAGGAGAGGAGGAAAUUGAGAGGGAGUUCCCGACUGGGGAGAUUGAUGUUAAUCUGAAGGGGUGUUUGUUUACGGCGAGGAUUGGGAUGUUUUAUUUGAGGAGGAAUGGGAGAUUUGCUCGAGGGGGAGGUGAUGUGGGAGGAGGAGGAGGAGGAGGAGGAGGAGGAGGGGAUUUGGUGCUGGUGAGUAGUAUUGCGGGGUUUAAGGAGAGUACCGGGUUGGCGGUUUACACGGCUAGUAAGCAUGGGGUUUUGGGAUUGUUGAGGGGGGUGAGGGUUCAGGCUGGGAGGGAGGGGGUUAGGGUUAAUGCUGUUUGUCCAUGGAUGACUAGAACAGCAAUGGUAGCCGGCAUCGAAUCCGGCUGGAGAGAGCUCCAACUCCCCGAAAACGACCCCACCGACGUCGCGAAAUCCAUCCUCAUCUGCGCGACCGCAAACCGCUCCCUCCCUUCCCCCUCUCCUCUUCCUUCUACCCAGCCCUCCUCCACCUCCACAUCUAACUCAGAUCCAAGCAGCAGUACCAACCACGCAGGAGUCAACCUCCCUUUCUCAGGCAAGAUCCUCUUCGUAGCUGGCGGCCAGAGUUAUGAGAUUGAAGAUAAGAUGGUGGAGUUGGAGCCGGUCUGGUUGGGGAAGGAGAAUAGUGAGGAUUUGGAGAGGGGACAGGAGUUUUUGAUGAGGGAGGGGACGAGUUGGGAUACGAGUUUGGGAAAGUAGGUUUGGGGAAGUGAGAUGGUGGAAAGGGGAGGGAUGGAAAGAGUGUGAGGGGGUGUAUAUGGGUGUGUGUUUAUGUGAGGAGCGAGGAGGGGGGAUUCGAGGGAUGACUGGAAUGAUAAGCCAUGGGUUAGCAUGAAUAGUUUACGUGUUGAAUUGGGCACAGUACUUUUCGUGGUCAAGGCUUCACGUCUUGCUCCGAACCGAAUACAAAAAUAUCAUUCUAUCAUUCUACAGGUGGCCCCUCCCCCCUUUGCCACUUUUUGUCCUCUUCUACGCUGUCCCGUGGAACGAUUCCUUCUUAUGACUGGUCAUUUAACUAGGAGAGUGUAUCACAUCACAUCCACUCAGACUUUAUUUCCAGACGCGAAAUCCACCCUUCCACUGUCGAGUCUUUUGCCCUUUGGUCAGUGUUUAUGAAACUUGUGCCUCUGUUGCUUCCCGGCGUUCCUUUGGCUUGCGUGGCUGUUUCGUAGGGGUUAAUUGGGUUUUUCCAUUCUGAGGGGCGGGUUAGACACCGCGAGGGCGAAGGACGAAGAGAAUGAGAACUGGUAAAUAGACUUGACCGAAAAGUAGAUGGUAGGAAGUGAAGUAAGAAAAAUGAAACAAAUGCGACGAAUAGGAAUGAGGCCAGCUUCCACACUUUCCACUCAACCUAAAUAACCCCUGGGGAAGCGUAAUCGGGUACCGCAAUCUGAGAUGUGGGUAAGAGUGCAUUGAGUAUGUGAUUGAUGAGCGGAGGAGGGCAGAAACUAUACGGUAGAUGAGGCACAGCACAGUGACAGCAAAUCAGGAGGUUUGGUGGAUUUGAAAGGGAGUGUUUGAGUUGAUAGAGGGUUACAGUCGGGUAGUAUUUGUAUGCUUGUCUGUUGGGAGGGAAGGUUAAAAAACACCAGGAUUAGGAUUACGAAACGUUGACAUAAAAGUUAAAUACAAUUUUCUGUCAUAUGUAAG